UGAUUGUCGGACUGUUGGUUUCCGGCAAGGCCAACGACUUUGGGGCUUGAUUAAAUUCACGGUGCUCCCAAAGGAGCGAAUACAAUGGAUAGAGAGGCUGGAAAAGUCACGCAUGGGGCGUGCACAACAGGUGGGCAAGACACGGCUGUAUGAAUUGUACUCGAAUAUCUUCUUUCUCGUUGCUGUCAUCUUUCCUAUAUACACUUUCAUGGCGUCUGGCUUCAAUGUGAAUGUAGAAUUUCUUUCUGGGUUUGCGCAAAUGGCAUUAUAACCCCACUGGGUGGUCGGGAUCAGUCAGGCGAUGUACAGUAAUGGAUUGAGACGAGACACAGCUUCGAAUAAUAUGUUCACUCAGUGGAAUACUAUUUCCGCGGGCAUAUCUAUCAGAGUCGGCAGCUCCGCCCACCUCUUAUCAACACCACCACUACACCUGCUCAAGCAGAGAAACACCAGUUCCCCCGGUUCAGCGCGCAUAUCCAGUGCACAAAGGGGAAAAUGGGGGACACCAAAUUACGAGCCGCGAUUCUCGUCAUCUCAGACACUGCGUCUCAGAACCCUGCGUCGGACAUGGUCGCUAAGACGCUCACGACGUCAUUCGCCGUGGAGGGGUCAGGGAAAUGGGAGGAGCCUCCAGUCUCCAAGAUCGUGCCAGACGACGUGCUGGCCAUUCAACAAGCGAUUUGUGCCUGGACCGAUGGGCCGAAUCCGUUCAAUCUUGUGCUCACCAGUGGUGGGACAGGGUUUGCUGUCAAGGACAAUACACCAGAGGUGCGUUCAGAUCGAGGAGAUAUCAAUGCGGGGUCCGGAAGGACAUCAAUCGAUCGAUUUUGAGUCCUCCACUAUUUUUACAAGCCGGAUAGAAAAUUUACUUACUUGCUAUUUCCAGGCGGUAUCGCCUCUGAUCGAUCGUCAUGCUCCCGGCAUUGUGCAUGGCAUGCUAGCGGCAUCCCUGAAUGUUACACCAUUCGCAAUAAUGUCUCGCCCGGUGGCUGGAACCCGGAAGAGAUCCUUGAUCAUCACGUUGCCGGGAUCACCAAAGGGUGCCAAAGAGAAUCUCGAUGCAGUCAUCAAGCUUCUCCCUCAUGCGUGCAUGCAGGCUGCAGGGGCGGAUUCCCGAAGUCUCCACGCUUCAGGUGUGAAGAAGUUGGAGGUCGAGGCUGGUAUUAGACCGUCUCAACAGCAGAACAAUCACCAACACCACCAUCACCAUAACCAUAAUCAUCAUUCUCAUGGUCCCGGACACGUUGUUCCCAGAGCACACACCUUGCCCUUGGAACGGCCACAGUCGAAUGAUCCCAAUGCCGGUCCGACAAGACGGCACAGGGAAUCGCCAUACCCCAUGCUGUCGGUCGACGACGCUCUCAAGCUGAUCAGCGAGCACACUCCGGAGCCCACCGUGAUUGAAGUUCCAGUGACGACUAGUCUUGUAGGCUUCGUUCUCGCCGAAGACAUCCUCGCUGCAGAGGCGGUCCCGGCAUACCGCGCAAGUAUCGUGGACGGAUACGCGGUGAUUGCUCCCGAGUCGACUGCCGCCGGCCCAGGCACCAAGGGCACGUUCCCCGUGGCAUCUGUGACCCACGCAGAAGCCGGGGGUAUUCUCGCUCCUCUAGAGCCCGGUACCAUCGCACGAAUCACCACAGGGGCCCCGCUGCCGCCCAACGCGAAUGCAGUGGUCAUGGUCGAAGACACCGUGCUGGUUACCACGACGGCAGACGGCAAGGAAGAAGCCACAGUAGAGAUCCUCACAAACGCGAUCAAACCGGGCGAAAACGUCCGCGAACCAGGCAGCGACGUCAGCCUCGGGUCCCGCAUCCUCCAAAAGGGAGACCUGAUCACCUCCGUCGGCGGCGAGAUUGGGCUCCUUGCCUCGACGGGCACCCGAACCGUCAAAGUAUACAAGAAGCCAUGCGUCGGCGUACUCAGCACAGGCGACGAGCUAGUCGAACACGACGCCCCAGUCACCCUACAAGGCGGCCAGAUCCGGGACUCGAACCGCCCCAGUCUCAUCUCCUGCCUGACAUCCUGGGGGUUCCCAACCGUUGACUUGGGUAUCGCGCGCGACACCCCCGUCGGACAAAUCGAGCAGUACCUGCGCGACGCUCUCCGCGGCGUAGGCUCAUCCCCUUCAGUGGACGUGAUCGUCACCACCGGCGGCGUCUCCAUGGGCGAGCUCGACCUGCUGAAACCAACCAUCGAGCGCUCCCUAGGUGGGACGAUCCAUUUCGGCCGCGUCUCCAUGAAACCAGGCAAACCGACUACCUUUGCAACGGUGCCGUUUAAACCGUCCUCUUCCUCCUCCUCCCCUUCCACUGGUAAUAUAGAUAUACAACAGGAACGCGAGAUACGACUCAUCUUCUCGCUACCCGGAAACCCUGCCUCUGCACUCGUCACGCUGAAUCUAUUUGUCCUCCCUUCUUUGCAUAAGUUGAUGGGAAUGGGCCAGCGGGAUACAAUCUCACCAACACUGUCACCCCCGCUAGGCCUGCCCCUCGUCUCCGUCACUCUCUCGCACCCGUUCCCUUCCGACGCCAAACGAACAGAGUACCACCGCGCCGUGGUGAGUGCGUCUCGUGCCGACGGCCGGCUCUAUGCUUCUAGCACGGGGCUCGAGGGCGUGGGACAGCGGAGCUCGCGGGUGGGUAGUCUGGCGAGUGCAAAUGCCUUGUUGGUGAUCAAGCCUGGGAAAGGCCCUGUCGCCAAGGGGGAGAUGGUGGAUGCGUUGAUGUUGGGGCCGUUGCAGCAGAUGGGUUAAUUAGGUAUUAAUUAUAUUAGUUAUUUAUAUAUACUAUAAGUAUUAAUUGAAAAAAAACGUCUUC